UCUCUCAAUCUCCUCUUAUCUUGGGCAGUAGUGGCGCUACCUCUUUCUUCUCUCUAUCUCUCAACGAGCGCGGCGCGAGCAAGAGGAGCGCGCACCCCGGCGACAUCAGAGCUCGUCGACGCCGGGGACUCUGCGCGGCGGCUAGGGAGUUCGCCCGCCGGAGCAAGGGCUGGGCGGGACAAAGAGAAGAAAUCUGCAGCGAACCCAUGGCGAUUCUGCCCCUCUCGAUUUCCCACUCUCUUACCUCCGCCUUGUCCGCCACCUCCUCCGGCAUCGGCAGGCCAGUUGCCCGCCUCCUCCACCCGCGGGUCCCCUCCCGUCCCACCGUCAUCUGCCUCGCCGCGCCGCCCAAGGUACCCGUCCCCAUCGCCUCACCGGCUUCACUAGGGGACGACCCUUCCAAAUGGGACCCGGCCGAGUGCGACGCCCUUCUCCGCGGCGGCGAGCAGGUCGCCUCCGUGCUCCAGGAGAUGCUCAAGCUGAUGGAAGACAUGGAGAUGGAUGGCUCGUUUGAAUCAUUGGCUGUGGAGUUGAUCGCUCAAGGAGUCAUUGGGAAAAGAGUUGAUGAGAUGGAAUCUGGCUUUCUAAUGGCACUUGAUUACAUGAUACAGCUUGCUGAGAAGGAUAGUGACAAUGAGCGUAAAUCUCUCCUUGAGGUAGUCAAGCAGACAGUGCUGGAUCAUCUCACAAAAAAAUGCCCUCCACAUGUUCAAGUGGUUGGACUUCUUUGCCAGACUGAAAAGAAGGAUAGCAGACAUGAAUUACUGCGUCGUGUAGCUGCUGGUGGAGGUGUGUUUAAAAAUGAUAAAGGCCUUAAGUGCCAGAUUCCAGGGGCCAAUCUUAAUGAUAUUGCAAACCAGGCAGAUGAUCUCUUGGAGUCAAUGGAAUCAAGGCCCACAAUUCCUGAUCGAAAACUUCUCGCUAGACUAGUUAUCGUAAGAGAGGAGGCUCGAAAUAUGAUGGGAGGUGGCCUGUUAGAUGAAAGAAAUGACCGUGGUUUCACAACGCUUCCUGAGGCAGAGGUGAACUUCUUGAGCAAGCUGGUUGCUCUCAAACCUGGGAAAGCAUUGGAGAGGAUGAUCAAGGAUGUUAUGCAGGGCAAGGCAGAAGGUGCUGAUAACAUUGAAAAUGCAAAUGCUGGACCAGAUUCUAAGCUUAAUCAUCUAACUGGGAUAUCUGGAAGGGGAAGUGUGACAGGCCUCAAGCCACGGCCAGUCCGUCCAGGAAUGUUCCUUGAGACGGUUUCUAAGGUUCUAGGUGGUAUAUAUGCAAACAACACAUCUGGCAUUACAGCACAACAUCUAGAAUGGGUACAUCAAACAACACUGAAGAUUCUUCAGGAAAUGGCCUUCUAAUGCUGUUUUCUGGACGACAUUCACUGCCCUGUUCAAGUAUAUGAACUCCCUAGAUUCUUGGCCCUUUUAAGCUUAUGAUAUUACAGCCUAGUGGGCAAAAGGAUCAUGGUAUGGACCUUAGUCUUGCUGCAAAAACUUAUUGAUUUUUUUUUACCAGUGAAUGGCAAAUCUUGGAGGAACUUGAGUGGCCAUUACUAAUAUAGUUAAAAAUAGAAGCAGAAGAAAUGAUGUCUGGGCAUGCAAAGGCCAAUGGUGAUCUCUGGGUGGAAUGUAAUAUUUAUACCACAUUUAGUGCAGAAGUAAAGUAAGAGCUUCGAAAAGCAAAUAGUCAAAUGGACACAGUGAUAUUUAGCUUAGCUUCCUACAAUGGAUAUUAAGAGAGUUUAGCUUACUUUUGAGUGAAAUAGAAGAUGGCCUUAGAUCUAACAUGAUAUGUAUCGCCCUUUUCCAUUUUGCAGGAUUUUCUUUGUCUCAAAAUAUAUUUUCAAAUUUUAUAUUGCUGGAAGCCAGGGAUACUUUUUA